UCCCGGUCCCAGGCUCAGCAUGCGGUGCACCAGUCCAGCUGCGCUGGUGACCUUUUGCGCCGGGCUUUGGAUCUCGACCCAUGUGCUGGUGCAGGGCCUGGAGGCCGGUGUGCGGCCGAAGGCUGACUGUGAAGUAUGUAAAGAAUUCUUAAACCGAUUCUACAACUUCUUGCUAACCAGAGGGAUAGAGUUUUCUGCGGAUGCCAUAGAGAAAGAGCUCAUCAGCUUUUGCUUGGAUGCCAAAGGAAAAGAAAACCGCCUGUGCUAUUACCUAGGAGCCACCACAGACGCGGCCACCAAGAUCCUAGGUGAAGUCACUCGGCCCAUGAGUGUACACAUGCCCACGGUGAAGAUUUGUGAGAAGCUGAAGAAGAUGGACAGCCAGAUCUGUGAGCUGAAAUACGAGAAGAAAUUGGACUUGGCCUUGGUGGACCUGUGGAAGAUGAGAGUCUCAGAGCUGAAGAGGAUCCUUCAGAGCUGGGGGGAAGAAUGUAGGGCAUGUGCGGAGAAGAAUGACUACGUGAACCUCAUUAAAGAGCUGGCCCCCAAAUAUGCAGAGAUACACCCCCAAACAGAGCUCUGACCUCAUUGGCUGUCAGAGCAUGGACUGUAGUUAGAGGAAAAUGACUGUCUAAGACGAGAUUGUGCUGGUUAGGGCUAACCAGGGACUGCCAGGCUGGCUGUCAGUCUUGCUGUUGUAUUGUAGAGUUGUAUUGUCUAGACUUGUGAUGAUCAACCUUCCUGCCAGUUGCCCACAUUGCA